GUAGUUUCGACGGUACUCUGUUGCAACUGUUGAAAAAUCUAACUGGAGUUUCACCGAACAAUCACAUGAUUACAGCUUUCUCAGAAGUAUAUGACGCCAUGGAUACCAUCGGUUCCAAGCCCUUUGUCACUAACCUGAGCGACCAUUUCCUGCUUGAUCAGCUCAAGGCUUCAUUUCAACGUAGUGGUUUCAGUGCAUACGACAAAGACAAACAUGCUAGAACCCUUUUGGGAGUGUUGCUUUAUCGUCACCGUGGAAAUAUAUGUGAUUAUACGAAUAUUAUUCGGCAAGUCAAAGAUGAAAUUGGUGARGAAGAGUUUAAGAGCCUGAUCAACGCGGAUGGCAAAGUUACUCUAACUUUUGUCAUUAACAUCAGCUCCCGGAAAAGCAGAAAGCGAGUUAUCCAAGAAGCAAGAGAUAUCGCCAAAAAAAUCACUGGCUAUCGAUUUAUCGCCAAUGUUGACUAUGUCCUGUCAGCAUUCACCAAGGAUACCACGGGUCAAAAGUGCACAGCUAGUGUUCAAACGUUCAAUGAUCUCAACGAAUUCACGGAGGCUAUCGAGAAUCUCGCUAAGCAAGUACAGCAAGGAAAUGACUGCACCAAAUCAACUUACGCGUCGAUCAUUGAAGCAAUAAUUCAAGGCAAUCCAAAACUUGGUUCCCCAAUGUACGUAUUCACAGAUAGAGCACCCCACGUAAAGUCCUCUGGAGAGUUCACCAAAGAUAAAGUCAUAUACCAUGCACAAGAGAACAAGAUGUCUGUCAACUUUUUCUUGUAUAAAUCUACGCGCUUAUUGAAAACAAAAUCCGAUUAUGAAGACAUCGCCAAGUCGACUGGAGGUUUUUCCUUGUUCUUCACAAGCGCCACAUCUAUGAAAAAUCUGGAACUAGCGGUGAAAGGGAGUCUGAAUGGUACUUCUUUCAUUGCCACCACUGAAAACCUUGAGGACAAUUUCAUGGUCAGACGAGAUAAUGAUGACAAAAAGAUCAGCUUUGAUGUGAGUGAYAUCGCUCAUGUGGGAACAAUUUUUAUUGAAGUGACCGAAACGAAUUCACUUUAUUACAAAGACAUUAAGCUCUACAAUCCCAAGAACAAACUGGUGCGUACUGAAAGUCGACAGGGCAACAAAAUCUUAUGGGCCAUUCUCAAACCGAACAUAGGAACUUGGAAAUUUAAUCGGAAAACUAGUGUGGUGGUUAAGUCACAAACAGAGCUGGAUAUCAACUUUGAGGUGAUGCUAAAGAGAAAUGGAGACAAUGUAGACUAUACUUUGAUAGGAGAGAAGGCCACAGUUGAAGUUACAAUCUCGUUCAUAUCCCGACUAGAGAACGGCAGUUGGUAUAUUCCUAACUGGACGGUUAAGAAAGAAGACUGGCAAGAUGAAAAAGAACCUAAGUUUAUUUUAGAAUCGAAGCAGCCUCUUGAAAACAAGUUAAAGAUGGUUUUACAUGGCAAAACCUUGUCCGGGUUUGCAUUCUCUCGAGAGUCAUCGCGUCUCAUUGARCCUAAAAUUGCAGUCAUCAGGCCCCARAUGUUUUCAUGGAAGCCCUUAAAAAGUGGUAAGAAGUUCAAAUAUAAAGCCUUAAUUGACCUGACAGCGACCAUUGAACAGAGGGAUUUUGAAAUUGAAGUCAAAACUAAAACAACAUCAUCCGAUUGGRUCACUAAAAGGAAAAUACCCAGGACUCUCUCCAAAGGCGAGAACAAGUUCUCAGUGGAUUUGACUGCUCCAAGAGACAGUGACAUCAUGAUUGUGAAGAUCGUGAUGAAAUACCCGGAUGAGUCGGAAGACAUUGGCGUCCAGAAUGAAAUAAAAUUGAGAGUAGAGAAGUGAUCUUUCCAAGUUGACGAUUAGUAUGAAACUAACUAUAGUCUACAGAAUCCACAAGAAAAAAUAUGUCUAAUCGUUUGAUGACCUAUCGAAAUGGACGCUUAGGAUAUAAAUAAUACUAAACUUGAUUGUAGUAUUAUAUUGUAUGGAAUCAUGAUAUAUAUAACAAAGAAUCACGGUUUAAAUGUUAAAAUUCAA